UGCUGGAGCAGUAAUGUUUCCUUUGAUUUUCAGGACAGCUUGUAGGAUGGCUACAGUAACCUCGUCAAGGGGAGAUACAGAAGUGGUCACUGUCAGAAGGACAGAGUUACACGAUAUCCCAAGCAUUAUUGGCCUCUUCAGCCCUAUUACAGAAGACCUCUUUGGAAGGAUUGAUGUCACAUACCUUUUAGAUAUAUCAAACCUUGCUUUGACACUCUGCAAUGAGAAGAAUGAGGUUAUAGCCCAUGCUGCCUUUCUGGACUAUCCAAACUGGAAUAUCACUGAUCAGGCCGAAUGGGAACCAUUCCUGCAUCAAAACUACACUGACAAUAAGUGCACUCCUUUGAACACGCUGUUUGUGCAUCUCUUUGUGGCAAAGGAAGAAUACACAGCUGGAUGUUCCCAAGAAAUUGUUAGGAGAGUUUUCAUCUUACUACCAGAACUGCAGUUUAUUCUUCUCUUCAUACCACCUGAGGAUGACUUAGAGAUAGACAUGGGGGCUGUCUUUGAAAGGAUGAUGCCUGCUCCAGGAUCACCCAUGGAUAGAGGCUUUACCUUGCUGGUGUGCCCCAGGCAUCGGUGUCACCCACGGCUGCACGUGCGCCAAGCGAGCAUGGAAGAUUAUGAUGAUCUCAUGCAAAUCUGGACACCUCAAAGUGAGGCUCUGAAGGAAAUCUAUGGCGAAUAUCUUCUUGUUGAUCUCCUAGAACUUGAUGAUGAAGAAAAUCAGUCAGCUGUUUGUGAGGUUGGUGGCACUGCAGUAGGAUUCAUGAAUUUAUGUUCUCAAGUGAAUGUUUCCUUGUUUCAAGAAUGUUUUGAUUUAGGACCUUUCCAUGGGCUCUGUAAACCACCUCCUGAGGACAUUCUUGAAGUGCCACAGAAGCCAAGUGUUCAAGGAGAUGAAGAUGAAAGCAACCAAACAAGUGCAAAGCCAGAGCCUGUUWCAUCUCAAAACAUGGGACGUGUUCCUGGUGCAGAUGCAUCUGUGCAGAGAGACAGAGCUGUGACUGUUUCCCAGACUAAACUGCCAGCAGGUGAUGUCAGCAACAUAGGCUCUGAAGGCUCAGCAGGACCUGGCCUAGAGACUGAUGGGGAAGGGGAUUUGCACCCUGUGAAUGGAGGAGCUUCAAAUGCUUUCUAUAUCCGUCUGUUUUGUAUUGAUGAGAAGUAUGAGACUAGGUCACUGGAUUUUUUGCGUUAUGCUUUCAGCGUUUUCCCGGACAGAGACUUGUGUGUCAUCCUGGUGCCACAUCAUAUCCCGGAGUUCCCCCUGAUCCGGAGUUUUGUUCGGACUGUCCCUUCCUGCACGUCCAGGCUGGGUCGGGAGCUGUACGUGUUCCACCGGGCAGGAUUGCUCACGUCGUUUAAUGUCAGAAAAGCAACAACCAAUGACCUACAGGGUGUCCAAAUGCUUGUUGAAACUCUUAACUUGAGUGAAGUGAUAUGGAAUGACUCAAAGAUAUUCACUGAGGCUCGCAGGGAACCAGAUGGGAUGCCAGUACAGGCUUUUGUAGCAGAAGUUUUGGAUCAAAUCGUUGGUGUUUCUAUCACUAGGGAUGAAAUGGAUAUUGAGUAUAUUCGAUCACAUUACAACAUUGAGGACUUCAUUCAUUUUAAUCAUUACCAGCAAGAGGAGCAUGGACAUCUUUGCCACUUUGUCUUAAAUCCUGCUUUUCAUCACUAUACAAAAUACUUUCUAAAGGAGAUUCUUCGCUUGGCUCACAAAUCUUCUCUUUACUACCCUAUUUAUCCAGAAUAUGUGGAGGGCAAGUUUCAACGUCCCUGUGCCCAUUCCCUGACAUCUGCCCUUCAUUACAUGGUUCCCGUGCGGCCGAGACGACAGAUUGUCUAUCCUCUGGAAGAGCUUGGCGUGAACGCUCCGUCGGAGCAGGUCUCCAAGGAUCAGCUGAAUUAUUCUUUGAAUCACACAAAUCGGAAGCUGGUGCUGGAAUCUAAAGUGUGUAUCAACACUAGRAUUGUGGUGGUUGGUGCAUCUGAUGUUGGAAUCUCUUUUCUGGAAACAUUGGUUUUUUGGCCAGGUCUGAAGUUCAACAACCUGAUCUUGAUUUCCAUUCAUGGCCUUCCAGGAAAAGACCCACAGAGCUCCAAGUAUAGAAGAUUUUUAAUUAACAGCCACUGUUUUAAUGAUGAAGAUUAUGCACAGAUGUCACUUUGUUCCUGGGUUAAUGUUGUGGUUGGUAAAAUGACUGGCAUAAACCGCACUGCCAAAUACGUCGUUGUUUCCAAGGAGGACAUAGUGCCGUACGAUUACCUGGUUCUGUGCACAGGACAGAGCUACCAGGCCUUGGCUCCCACAGAAGGAGAGAUCACUGAAGUCAUGACUAAGUGGCCACAGAGAUACACAGAGGAAGUCCCUUCCAAUCACUUCACUCUCAACGAUGCCCAGGACUGCUUAGAGGCAGCAUGCUGGCUGGAGGAAAACCUUGUCAGCUCCGAAGGGAACGUCAUUGUCUAUGGGAAUACAACUGACAUUUACACCACGGUAGAAACCCUCUUGUCCCUCGGGAUUGAGGGUUCCCGCAUCCAUCUUGUGCAGGCUCCGCUCAGCUCUGCCGGUCCCUGCCUCAGUGACGCUGCCCUGGAGCGUGUGGUGGGGGAGGCCCUGGCAGAGGCGGGUGUGGCCGUGCACCCGGCCAGUGUCCUGGCACAGUGGGGCCAGGAUGACCAGGGCCUCAUUACCUGGGCUGCCUUCACCACUGCCACAGAAGACCUCCGACUGCAGUGCUCAGCAUUUUUUAGCUUUGCCUACAGAAGAGUGGAUUAUGAAACCUUUAAGGCCAUCAAUGAUUCUUGCCUUGUUUUUGAUGGAAGGCUUGUGAUUGAUGCCAAAUUCCACACCAAUGAUGUCAACAUCAGGGCUGCAGGUCCUCUGACAAAGUUCUCCAGGAGAUACUAUAGAGAUGAAUUGACACACAGCAACUUCAACUCCAAGGAGGUUGGCUUUGAGCUUGCUGCAUCCAUGCUGAGUCUUUUUGAUCCAACCUGUCAGCCCAGUUCUGAGACACCAGAAGGCUCAGACAGACUCAUCCCCAUGUACAAAAUGUGUAAGGUUCAAGGAGGUGUUUUUCCUGGAGGUUAUAACUACUUGCACAUUUCCAAGCCAGCAAUCCCCAUAGCCUUGGAUGAAAAACUUGCCCCAUGUGAUUUUGGGAUGGAGAUUGUAACUGGAGAGGCAGGACAUGGGAAUUACUUCAGGAUGCACUUUGACAGAUACAGUAUGGUGGAUAGCAUCACCUGUUUUUCCAAGGAACCCUUCCCUGUCUCCAACUACAUCUGCUUGUACAGACAGCAUGAGCGCCUGCUUAAUGACCUGUAUUAUCGCUGGAAGGAAGGGCAGUUCACUGACCUCUACAGCUACUUCAGGGAACCUUGGUCCAUGGCCAUCUUUCACGAUCGGUUUAUUGAUCUGCAGAAGGAACUGCGCCAAACCCUGUUGUCGGAACAGGUGCCCGGGCAGCCCUCUGCCGCCGAGCAGCGCCCUGAGCAGAAAACCAGCCCGCCGUCGCUUCUGGAGUCUGUCCUGCGCUACCUGAGCCACCACCGCGCCCACCUGCCCAUGUACGCCCCGAACGACAUCUACAGACCGACUGCAGCAGGCAGGAAGGGACCGAAGCCGGGCGGAGCCGGGCACAGCGGCGGCAGCGGGAGCCCUACACCGGCACAGGGACCCUCGUAGGAAUGCAUCCUCCCAACACGGUAAUURGGACAUUAUUUUCAGCAGCCUGGUCCAGUUGAACCACCUGUUCCUCUUAAAAAAGAAUCACUCUUUUUAAGCUUCAAUAAAGCAC